CCAGCAAACAAUGUGCCACGUUGUCGAUUGCCUACUGAUGACCUUCUGCUUCAAGCAGCAUCAAACGGAUAUGCAAACCCUUGCUGAUCGUAUCGAACAGCAACAACAUCAACUGCAAGAACAGCAACAACAGCUACAACAACAAUCGGCUGUUAUUCACAGUGAGCUACUCAAGCCGCCAAAUAAUGUUUACGAUGAUGAUGAUCGAGUGAAGGAGCCGGAAAUGGAAAUGCGAAUGGAGAAUGAUGUUGUUGCCAAUGCAGAGCGUGGUUCGCAUUCGCCAGCACAUCUCGAAGAGCUGAGCAUCGAUGCGGAUGUGCAUGAAGGCAAGCGGACGAGAGCCGAUGACUUGCCACAAGCAGUCACAAGCAGCAGCAGCAACCAUGAACGAUUUUCGGGCGUGGCCUUUAAAGAUGAAAUUGAAAUCUUUACAGAUGUUGAGUUGGGCAACGGAGCGCGUUACUCAGUGCACUAAAAGCAAAUGGAGAAUCGAGAAUGGAGAGAAACUGGAGAUGUGGCAAUGUGACGCUGCUUGAGUGAGAGAUGAGUUUCAGUUACACAGGUGAUGGAUAAACUCAUCAAAAUCACGGCUAACGGUUACGGUUACGGGUAACUCAAUCGGGCACACGCGCAGUUCAAAGUUCAAAGCUGACUUUGAUAUGGGCUAGCAUUUCACACACAGACACAGACAGAGACACAGAUUUUCUAUUCGUCAUCAAUCUGAAACUGUUCUCCACACACAUCCAUCCGAACUCUAAACCAGGCAUUCAGUCAGUCAGUCAUUCAGUCAGCCAUUUGGCCAACUGUCAGCAUUUAACCAUGUUACUUUCUCACUCUCUCUCUGUCGUCGUUCGCUGUCAUCGCAUUUGCAUUUGCAAAUUGGUAACACAAUACGUUGACACCAGCACACAACUCCUCCCCCUUCUCCUCCUCUUCGCUCCGUUCAAUCAAUCCCUCGCCUGUCGCACUCGAUAAUCACAUAGCAACAUCAACAGCAGCAACAGCAGCAACAACAGCAGCAGCUUCUGACAGCACAACAGUAUUAAGCAUAAUUAUAAUGUUAACGAUAAAAUAUAUUGUAUGUAUAUAGUAUUUAUAAUGAUCAAAAUUAUUAUAAUGAGCAGCAUAAUUAUGGAGUUAUCGAGUUCGAUUAACAUAAGCGCAUCAUUUGGCAUCAAAUUAUAAAAUUAAUUGUUUACCAAGCACUCAACAACAGCUGUUGCCAUGGGCGACGGUGUUUGCAUUCGAUAUUCAAUUCGUUUGAAUUUCAAAUUCAUUUCGAAUGAAUUCAAUUGCCGUCGACGUCGUCUGGCACUUUAAGCUCAAUCAACAACAGUUUUCUGUGGCGUCCUCGAAACCAAAACAAAGCCUCAAACAGAUUAUUGUUUACAGUGUGUGCGUCUAUAUAAAAUAUGGCAAUACAAUCGCCUUGCCACAGUCAACAAUUGCAGUUGCCCCAAAGGGGGACGUUUUUUUUUUCUUUGAGGAAAUUAAUUCUAAUCUUUGCCUCAUGUGCUCUGAGUGCUGUUGUGGCUGCUGUUGUGCAGAGCCUUUGCAGCAACUGCCUUGCCAGGACAUUCAGCUGAUGGAAUUGCAUGCUGAGAAAAAGAUCACAAUCACUCAGCAGCCAAUGCGUAGCAAUAGCCCUUAUUCUGAACUCAGUCUCGCUGUGCGUCCCUACAGCUGGCCCUGUGAGAACGAUGAGAACUACAAUGUGGAUGAUUAUGAGACGCGUACGCCAAAUAUGUGGCGUGCCUGGUGGCUCAAGAGUGCCAGCGAGUAGAUGACACUAAGCAAAAAGCGAAAGAACAACAGUUUGAAAGUGCAGCAACUACUAAAUUUAGUUAUUUUCCACUUGAAGUGGAAACGAAUAUUACAUUAUUAAGCAGAGGCAGCUGCUAAUGAAAAGCAAAAAGCCAAUGCAUAACGAACUAUGUUAGAAAAAAAGUAGAAAAGCUACAAUCGAGUGUGCUCGACUGUGAGAAACCCACUACCUAUUGUGAAUAAAAGCAAAACAGUGUGGUAUUCAUUUUAAAAUAUACCAAAUUAAUACUACAUUCGGAAUAUACCAUAGAGUGCAAAAUAUACCAAAUUAUAUACCAGAUUUUACUACAUAAAAAGUAUUUCUUAAAUAUAUUUUACAAUUUUGAUCCGAUCGCAACAAAAAUUUCAGGAAUCAUGAAUAAUUCUGUU